CUACCCCUGCCCCAGGAUCAGCAGAAGAAGACGAAGAAGAGCUAACUAGCUAGCUCAUGCGGCCGAAGGAAAUGAGACUCGCCGUCGGAGUCGGAUCUCGGCGACGGCGGUUGGCCAUGCACCACUUCCUCCUCGCCACUGCUAUUUUUACAUUCCUCGGCUUGUUAAUCCUCACCUUAAGGUCCGUCGAUCCAUCCACCGACUUACCGGUCAAUGCCGCCGCCGCCACCGACAUCGAUGAAGCCCAGGCAGAGGAAGGAACACCGGGGCUAAAAAAAACAUGCGCGACGGUUCAAGAGAUGGGGGAGGUCUUUAGCAGAGGGAUUCGCGAGGAAGGCCUCAGAGUCAGGAAAAUCAUCCAUGACCACUUCGCCAUAAAUGGUGCUGCGAGAGUGAGAGAACUUGCGCCGGAAGAGUUCUGCAGACAUGGUUUUGUAUUGGGCAAAGCGUCAGAAGCAGGGUUUGGGAACGAAAUGUACAAGAUCUUAACUGGAGCUGCUCUUAGCGUCAUGUUGAACCGCUCCCUGAUAAUUGGCCAAACGAGGGGCAAGUACCCUUUUGGACAAUUCAUUUCUUACUCCAAUGUUACCUUCACAUUGAAUGAAAUCAAGCAUCUGUGGCGACGGAAUGGUUGUUUGACAAAAUACCAACGGCAUCUUGUGAUGAGAAUAGACGAUUUCCAGAAGCCUGCACGAAGCAAUGUUCUCUGUAGCAAUUGGAAGGAAUGGGAACAACCUAUUAUAUGGUUUCAGAACACAACAGAUGCUGUUGCUGCUCAGUUUUUCUUAAAGAAUAUACACAAUGAGAUGAGGAUGGCUGCCUCUGAUCUAUUUGGGAAACCAGAGGAUCUUCAUUAUCGACCAAAUGUAUUUGGUGAAUUAAUGAGAUUUCUCAUAUCUCCCUCAGCAAUUGUGGAACAGGCAGUGAAUUCAGUCCUUAAAGGCAGUCCCGACCCCGAUAUAGCCCUUCACAUGCGGAUGCUAAUGAACAGGUCUUUGAGAGCAGUUCAGGCAGCACUGGAGUGCACAAGAAAAGCUGCUGAUAAUCUUAAGCUGCUAUCGAGACCCAGAGUCGUUAUAGUUUCAGAUACACCUUCUCUGGUGAAAGAAAUUGCUCCGGACUUGAAUGAGUUUGCGGAGGUUCUUCACUUCGACUACGAACAUUUUGAAGGAAACUUAUCUGCUGGCAGCAGAGACUUUGGUAAUAGUUUAAACUUUAGAACAACAGAUUGGGGUCCAGCACCCAGGUGGGUUGCCUUCAUAGAUUUCUUUCUUGCUUCACGGGCAAAAUAUGCGGUUGUAUCUGGGGCUCACAGGCGUGUUGGGACUACCUAUGCUCAGCUGAUUGCAGCACUUGCGGCAACUAAUAGCAUUGAUGAUACUUCCGAUGCAGCUUCAAGCUUCUCCUACCUAAGUAGCUUUCAAAGUAGCUUGCUCUCAGAUGGAUUGAAGAACCAGAUUGGAUGGGGACAUGUAUGGAACAGAUUUGCAGGUCCAUUGAGCUGCCGUAACCAAUCGAACCAAUGUGCCCACACUCCAAUUCUUCCUCCAGCUUGGUGGGAUGGUCUAUGGCAGUCACCAAUUCCGCGGGAUAUCCACAAGAUGGAAGCAUUUGGCAUCGAGCUAUCUGGUUUUGGGACGUUUGAUGAACAACACCUACUUGCCUUCUGCAAGUCCAGGAAAAACUCCGUGGUAACAGUAACACUAAUAUAGAUUUUUUAUCUCCAUUCUUUUCCACUCAUCUUCCCAGGUAUCUCUUCAUCUUGUUUGCCCCCAAGGUAAAUGGCUUUUUUUUUUUGGUUGUAUUUUCUAUAAAAUCAUUUCAAAAUCCCAUAUAUUUAUUGAAAUAAAAACAAGUUUUUGGCUGAGAAAGAAUACUUGCAGUUCCUUGUCAUACUGUCAUGUCGUAUCA